AUGGUUGUUCGAUAUGCCACCAAGGCUUUGAACUCUUUGAAAAGUACACUCAAGUAUCAGAGACUUGAAGACCUUCCACCAUCCAUCACGUAUCCUCUCAAGCGUUCGCCCCAAUUUGCUGCUUUUCUUCAAAAGAAGUUAGAGAAUAAAGGAAGAAUUGAAGAGGAGACUGAAACAAAUCCAGAAGCUCGAGAGAGAAGGACCAACUAUGAAAACCUGUUUUUAAAACCAGACUUUGGUUUGAAGGUAGAUUUACCUCUCACUUCAUCCACCGAAACAACAUACUCAUCGGAAAAACAUGUUGGAACUCCUAUGAAGAAAACAAUGGAACAAGCGGUCGCAGAUUUUGAAAAGUUUUUUGAAGGUUUUAAAGGAGAGUCAUUUGCUGGAUUUGACAUGGAAACAUAUCAACGAAUCCAAUCUGACAUACCAAUGCAUUCAUUGGCAAAUCUUUUGAAAUCCCAUAAAAUUACUAGACACAAAACCGUGAGCACUGAAGAGCUAGCAGAACGAAUUUUUGAUAGUGAAGAAAUGCGUGCCUAUGUUACAAAAAGAAACGAAUUCAUUACUCAAAACAACAUCCAAAUUCCAAACGAAGAGUUCCUUUAUGAUAUGCCAGUAGAGUUGGAAAUAGAAAGUAUUGUCAAACAAAAUCAUGAACCACUGCUGAAGUGGAUGAACGACCAAUGGCAAAUAUUUGUUAAUUACUCCAAACAAAUGCAAGCCUUCAACAAACCAUACUAUGAAACAUACGUUAAACAAAACACAAAGUCUGAGAAAGAAGCAGCAUUAUUACUUGACACAAUUUACAAGGUUGAGGAGAUCAAUUUUCUGCGUUCUAGCUUGUCCUUCACAACACAACCAUGUUUUCAAAUUAGAUUGAAGGAAGUCAAACCAAUUUUGGAUAGAAUUGCUUCUCUCACUCGGGAUUUUGAAUCCACAGUGCUUCAGAUUACCAGAUCUAAGUAUCCACAACUUUCCAAGAUGGUCGAAAAGCUUUCUCAAGUUUCAAAAAUCAAAACGGAUUUUUUGGCUUCCAAUCCUGAGGCUCAUCUUUAUUGGUUGCAAGCAUCUCCUAUUAACAAAAUUCAUCAAAACUAUCAAGAAGAAAACAACACACCCAAGUUUAUGGGCGUAGUGUUAAACUCACUCAAGUCGUACAAGGGUCAAUUAGAGCCACUUUUUUCUGUUGAGGAAUACAAUGAAUUCAAAAAGGUUAUCAUUAACAACAUUGAUGCAUUAGAUAAUGAUACUUAUGGAUUUUUACAAUCAACAGUCGAGAACUUUAAAUCUGACGCAACCAUGGAUCUUAGACCAUUGGACAUUUCAAAUAACGAAGAUGCCUUGGUCAUGAAAAAAAUUAAUACUAGAGUGAAGAAGGCUUUGAAGGAAGGAAAAACUCCAUUUAAGGCCAUCUUUAACGUUGAUAAUUAUGUUGAGCUUUUCUCUCACCUUAGUAGAACAAGAAAUUCUGCUGAAAUCAAAGAGAUGUUGCCAGCCUAUCAAUCAAAGUAUAUCGCAGACACAAAGCUACCAAUACAUCAUCUCACUGUAAGAAAAUCUUAUGGAUUUCUUCAUUCUGGUAUCAAGUAUCCAGCUGAUAAGGUUGUCAAGUUGACAGUGCGACUUGCUGACAUUGACUUUAGUUCUGACAUUGCAAGACAAAACUUUAUCAAGCUUGUAAAGGGAGAUAUGAAGGCCAAGUACAAAAAGAGAUUUAGUGAAAUCAAACAAUCCGUCACGUUGAGAUGUAGUUUGUACGACACCAAAGAAGAGAAUAUCAACUACCUGCAAAAUCUGUUGGUUGAGCUUAUUAGAGCUGCAGAAAGCUUUGAUACCCUUAUUCCUGAUGUCCCUUCCAUCACAACCACUGAAACUAGAGAACAAUUACAACAAAGAUUCUUGGACGAAGAUACUAAAGCAGAGGCUGCUCUUGAAGCUUGGGCAAUGCAUAGAAGGGCUGGUAAGGUUGCUGUCGGUGCUGACCUUACUUAUGGAGAAGGCGUCAAGAAAGAAGAGACACGUGAAGAAGAAAUUGUGGAAGAUUAUGGUUACAAUACUUAUAAUGUGGAGGAUUUACAGGACAUCAAUAUCGAUGAAGAUUCUAAUUUGAAGAAAUAA